GGCUGCCAUGGCCAUUCCCGGCAUCCCCUAUGAGCGACGGCUUCUCAUCAUGGCGGACCCUAGAGAUAAGGCGCUUCAGGACUACCGCAAGAAGCUGCUAGAGCACAAGGAGAUAGACGGCCGUCUUAAGGAGCUAAGGGAACAGUUAAAAGAACUUACCAAGCAGUAUGAGAAGUCUGAAAACGAUCUGAAGGCACUACAAAGUGUUGGGCAGAUUGUGGGUGAAGUGCUUAAACAGUUAACAGAAGAAAAAUUCAUUGUUAAAGCCACAAAUGGACCAAGAUACGUCGUAGGUUGUCGUCGUCAGCUUGAUAAAAGUAAGCUGAAGCCAGGAACGAGAGUUGCUUUGGAUAUGACUACACUAACCAUAAUGAGAUAUUUGCCAAGAGAGGUGGAUCCUUUGGUUUAUAACAUGUCUCAUGAGGACCCUGGAAAUGUUUCUUAUUCUGAGAUUGGAGGGCUGUCAGAGCAGAUUCGGGAGUUAAGAGAGGUAAUAGAAUUACCUCUUACAAACCCAGAAUUAUUUCAGCGUGUAGGAAUAAUACCUCCAAAAGGCUGUUUGCUAUAUGGACCACCAGGCACUGGAAAAACACUCUUGGCACGAGCUGUUGCUAGCCAGCUGGACUGCAACUUCCUAAAGGUUGUAUCUAGUUCUAUUGUAGACAAGUACAUUGGUGAAAGUGCUCGUUUGAUUAGAGAAAUGUUUAAUUAUGCCAGGGACCACCAGCCAUGCAUCAUUUUUAUGGAUGAAAUAGAUGCUAUUGGUGGCCGUCGGUUUUCUGAGGGUACAUCAGCUGACAGAGAGAUUCAGCGAACUUUAAUGGAGUUACUAAAUCAAAUGGACGGAUUCGAUACUCUGCAUAGAGUUAAAAUGAUCAUGCCUACAAAUAGACCAGAUACACUGGAUCCUGCUUUGCUCCGUCCAGGAAGAUUAGACAGAAAAAUACAUAUCGAUUUACCAAAUGAACAAGCAAGAUUAGAUAUAUUGAAAAUUCACGCAGGCCCUAUUACAAAGCACGGUGAAAUAGGUAAGAAAGUUGAGUGUAUGUUUGCCAUUCGUGCUGAUCAUGAUUUUGUAGUUCAGGAAGACUUCAUGAAAGCAGUCAGGAAAGUGGCUGACUCUAAGAAGCUGGAGUCCAAACUAGACUACAAACCUGUGUGAUUUGCUAUCAGGUUUUUGAUGGCUGCAUGACAGACAUUGGCUUAAUGUAAAAAUAAAGUUAAGGAAAAUAAUGUAUGUAUUGGCAGUGACCUCAUUAAAAGUGAAUAAACAUGUAUGAGCAACAUAAUAGUAUGUAAUUUAGUAAUUCUUUUAAAAUUGAUACAGAAGAAAGUUGUAUGUUAAUGUUGCAGUUACUGCAGCACAAUUUACAAAAGACAUGUUGAAGCUUUUCAUAAUUGCUUUGUGAGCAUUUUGUACAACAUUUAAAUGAUUUGAGAUAGUACAGGAGAGCAUUUCUUAUGACUUAUUUUAUAUUUUGUUUUCCUCAUCCUGAAAAAAUGGAAUAAAAUCUGUUUUAGUUGUCCUA